AUGCAGUCGGGGGAGGAGGAGGAGGAGCGGGCGGCGGCCUCGUCCGCCCAGCAGCCGAGCACCGCCACCACGGCGGCGCCAGCGGGCCAGUACCCGGCGACCAAUCCGUUCUCGUCGUCGUCGGCCGCCGCAGCCAAGAUUUCCUUCUCCAGCUUCAAGCAGGGCUUCACCAGCACCACAAACUACCUCCGGCGGCGCUUCUCGUCGGGCGACCUCUCCGGGGAGCUCGACGACCAGCCCGGGGCCGCCGGCGAUGCGCCCGCCGCCGGGGCAGCGGGGGGCGCCUCCGCCACCGCGGCCGGCGCCGGGAAUGCGGGCACCGCACAGCCCGGGGACACCGACCUCUCCCUCAACCUGCGCCCGAGCUCGGCCACGAGCGCGCCCAGCUCGCCGGCGCGCAGCGGGGUCAGCUCGUUGCUGUCGCGCGGCGCCUCGCUGACCGGCCGUGUGGUGGGCGGAGAUCUCCGAUCAGGGAUGCGUUUACUGUGCUAG